GCAAUCUUGGUGUCCUCGACCACCCAUACCGGUUUGUCUUUUCUGUACGGCUCUGGUAGUAUUAGAUUGGCCAAUCAACACGUGUUGGAGUGGAUGGAUGGUAGCUAGCUACAUUCUAAAUCAAUUCGUUUUUUUAUUUUUAUUAGAGAUUUGAAGGGAAAAAAUCUAUGUUCUAUACAUUGACAAUUUAAAAUCAAGUUCGAAGACUUACCGUUUGACCGCAGUGCACCAUUUAUUUUUGCCCUACUCCUACCCAUUGCCACAAUGAAGUACAUCCUGGUCACUGGUGGCGUCAUCUCUGGCAUCGGGAAGGGGAUCAUCGCCUCCAGCGUGGGAACCAUUCUCAAGUCAUGUGGUCUGCGCGUCACUGCCAUCAAGAUCGACCCCUACAUCAACAUAGACGCUGGGACCUUCUCUCCGUACGAGCACGGUGAGGUGUUUGUGCUGGAUGAUGGGGGUGAGGUGGAUCUGGACCUGGGGAACUACGAGAGGUUCCUGGACAUCAGACUGACCAAAGACAACAACCUGACCACUGGCAAGAUCUACCAGUCUGUCAUCAACAAGGAGAGGAGAGGAGACUACCUGGGGAAGACUGUACAGGUGGUGCCCCACAUCACUGAUGCCAUCCAGGAGUGGGUGAUGCGUCAGGCUAGAGUACCUGUUGACGAUGACGGUGUGGAGCCUCAGAUCUGUGUCAUCGAGCUAGGAGGCACCGUGGGAGACAUCGAGAGCAUGCCUUUCAUCGAAGCCUUCAGGCAGUUCCAGUUUAAAGUCAAGAGGGAGAACUUUUGUAACAUCCACGUCAGCCUGGUACCACAGCCCAGUGCCACAGGAGAGCAGAAGACCAAGCCUACUCAGAACAGUGUCAGAGAGCUCAGGGGACUGGGCCUGUCUCCUGAUCUGAUCAUGUGUCGCUGCUCCACUCCCCUGGAGAACUCUGUCAAAGAGAAGAUCUCCAUGUUCUGUCACGUAGAACCUGAACAGGUGAUCUGCGUGGCAGACGUGUCGUCCAUCUACAGAGUGCCUUUGCUACUGGAGGACCAGGGGGUGGUAGGCUACUUCUGUCAGAGACUAGACCUUCCUAUAGAGACACGCCCCAGGAAGAUGCUUACCAAGUGGAAGGAGAUGUCUGACAGGUCAGACAGGCUCCUAGAGCAGUGUUCUAUAGCCCUGGUGGGGAAAUACACUAAGUUCACAGACUCCUACGCGUCAGUCAUCAAAGCUCUGGAACACUCGGCCCUAGCCAUCAACCACAAACUGGAGAUCAAGUAUAUUGACUCAGCAGACCUGGAGCCAAACACACUGACGGAGGAGCCCGUGAAGUACCACGAGGCGUGGCAAAAACUCUGCAGUGCUGAUGGCAUCCUGGUACCUGGAGGGUUUGGAGUCAGAGGGACAGAAGGGAAGAUUCAGGCUAUCAACUGGGCACGCAAACAGAAGAAACCCUUCCUAGGUGUGUGUCUAGGGAUGCAGCUGGCUGUGUGUGAGUUUGCCAGGAACAUGCUAGGAUGGGAAGAUGCCAACUCAACAGAGUUUGAUCCCGAAUCAAAGCAUCCUGUGGUGAUUGACAUGCCAGAACACAAUCCUGGGCAAAUGGGCGGGACCAUGAGGCUGGGAAAGAGACGGACCAUUUUCAAGACCAACAACAGUAUUCUAAGACGACUUUACGGAGAUGUUGAGUAUGUGGAUGAGAGACACAGACAUCGCUUUGAGGUGAACCCAGAGUUGAAGGAGCACUUUGAGGGGAAAGGCUUUCACUUUGUGGGUCAAGACAUAGAAGGAGAGCGAAUGGAAGUCAUCGAGCUAGACGAUCAUCCCUAUUUCGUAGGGGUGCAGUAUCAUCCUGAGUUCACCUCUCGCCCCAUCAAACCAUCGCCUCCCUACUUUGGCCUCCUGCUGGCAUCAGCCGGGAAACUACAGAGCUACCUGCACAAGGGCUGCCGUCUGUCUCCACGGGACACGUACAGUGAUCGGAGCGGUAGCAGCACCCCAGACUCCGAAAUAACUGAGUGCUCCAUCUCACAGGAAUGAAUGUGACUGCGGAACACAAGGGGGGAAAGAAACAAUGAAGAGGAUCGUCACAAGUCAAUGGAUGGAAUGGCUUUUUUAAAGACAUUUUUCCUGACCUUCCUGAACUGAUGAACUGAAAGGGAUUGUUUAGUAUUUUUCUAUAUGCUUGUGACAACGAUCAUGAAAUUGAACUCUUUGUACUGUUUGACAAUCAUAGUACAUUGAGUAUGUAACUGUAUAAUACAUGGUUAUUUUGUGACUUUCAUUUAUAUGCAGUCUUGAAUAUGUAUAAUUAUCUUUGUCUGAGAAGGAAGUGACUGCUGUUUCUUCGACCUUUAUUUAUCCAGAAUAAAAUCCCUUGAUAACUUCAAGGUAGAAUUGUAUGCAUUUUAGUGACAAGCAUACAGGACUGGACUGUAAGAAAGAUGAACAAACCAAUGGAUUGGUCAGGAUUUGUCCAAUCUCUGGACAUAUAUUAUGCAUACUUGUGUAAUAGCAGUAUUCUGGGGGACUGGGUCUUUUGGUUUCAUUGAGUUAAGAACGUACAACCUGUUUAUAUUGAUGUGAUACUGUUACUCAGCCACUGAAUUUGCUUUGUGAAAUGAUAUUAAUGUACAAUUAAUAUUACUGGUAGUACAAUGGAUGUUGAACCCUUUUGUCAGUGAAGAUUGCAUGUGAUGUUGCCUCAAUUCAAUCCAGACAGGUUUAUAGAUCUCUAUGAUUACUGUACCGAAAUGAAGAGCAGGAUGAUCCUCCUUUACAUGCUUUGCUCAUUAGGCAUUUGAUCAAGAUUUUGUAUAAAUUGGGUUGAAUUCAUGAAUAGGAAUGACUGUUCCAGGCAAAUUGGGUACUUAAUUGAACUCAAUUACAUUUAGCAGUGGUGUCCUCAGGUUUGUGGACUGGCACUAGUCAACUAUAGCAGGUAGUGUUAAUCAACCCCUAUAAAGGGAGACACUAACUUAAGUGACCAAUUGUUUCAGGUAAGCUACGGGGAAAAUAUAAUUAAAAAGCCCCAUCAAUUAGAUAUUUUUUGCUAGGAAGUUAAAUUGGCUGUACCUGUGCCAAAAUGCAGACAUGGCUCCUCUAGCUUGUUCAUCUAGAAGUGAUGAGACAAACAUGGUGCGCAAUGUUUGGAACAUCAGGGGGGGAAAAAAAGUUACACCUCAAUUUGGUCUGUAUUGAUUUAACAUAACUUGGUAUAGUUGGGAGAGAAUGAAAGCUGUGAGCUUUCAAAGAGCCAUGAAAUAGGAUUCACCGAAAAGCCUUUUACUAGACCUACUCUGAAAAGGCCAUGCAAUUUCCUACUAAAACUAUUCAAAUAAAGCAUGAACUCCAGA